GUCUCUGGAAAACCCAAGCGAUACAUUAAUUUUGUCUAGCAGCCAUAUUAGUAAAGGGCAAAUUGCCCGUGUCUGGUCUACAAUAGCCCAAAGGACUAAGCCUAAAUAUUCGUAACUAUAAGUAGGUGGUAGGUAACCUUCGCGUCUGGUGCAAAACUCAGAGCACACUAUCAAGCAGAUGCUCUUGAGAUAAAGGCAAGAUUGUCUGGUACAGGUAAACAAAAGUAUAUAAACGAUGGGGCUAAUAUCUAUCUAUAUCCGUAUGUUUGAGAAGCUGGAUCGAAGUACUUUAAAAUGUUGCUUCUAAGGAGAUUUCCUACUUUCACACUAACGUUGUUUUCGUGUAUAUUGUUAUGCGAAAGCAAUACCCUCAAAGCCAGACAAACUGUGAGAAAUUUCCCUGAUGGAUUUUUGUUUGGUACAGCUACUGCUUCCUACCAAAUCGAAGGUGGUUGGAAUGCAGACGGAAAGUCCGAAAACAUUUGGGAUCAUAUGACUCACAAUAACCCCUGCGUAACAGAUGAUUGUCUGAACGGAGACGUCGCCGACGACUCGUACAACCUCUACAAGAGAGACGUAGAGAUGGCAAGAGAACUUGGCCUCGACUUUUACAGAUUCUCUAUCUCUUGGUCAAGAGUCCUACCAACUAGUUUCCCAGACAAAAUGAAUGAAGCAGGAGUACAAUAUUACAAUAAUUUGAUUAACGAAUUGUUGAAGUAUAACAUCGAACCAAUGGUUACAAUUUAUCACUGGGAUUUGCCCCAGAAACUACAAGAAAUGAGUGGCUGGACUAAUCCUCACAUUGUGGACUGGUUUUCUGACUACUCUCGUGUACUAUUUGAACAGUUUGGAGAUAGAGUUAAAUAUUGGAUAACCUUGAACGAACCCCGUGAAAUUUGUUAUCAAGGAUAUGGGUCAGUCACUAUGGCACCGCAGUUAAACAUUCAAGGUACGGCAGAGUAUAUGUGUGCUAAGAACCUGUUAGUUGCUCAUGCAAAAGCGUAUCAUAUUUACGACAAAGAGUUUAGAGCAACACAGGGAGGCACCAUCGGUAUCACUAUCAGUGCAUCGUGGAUGGAACCUGAAACUGAAGAUCACGCCGAGGCAGCGGAAGUAAUGAGGCAAUUUGAGUGGGGACAGUAUGCUCAUCCAAUAUUCUCAAAAGCUGGAGAUUUCCCCCCUGUGAUGAAGGAAAGAAUAGCAGCAAAAAGCGCAGCGCAAGGUUUCCAAAGAUCAAGACUGCCUGAAUUUACUGCCGAGGAAGUAGAGAUGGUUCGAGGAUCAUCAGAUUUCUUCGGGCUUAAUCAUUACUCGUCAGUUAUCGUUUUCAAAAACGAAUCAUCACUGACCUAUGACGUUCCAUCGUACUAUGAUGAUAUCGAAGCCAAUGGCUAUCAACCUAGUGAUUGGAGUGGAGCAGCCUCAAGUUGGUUGAAGGAUGUUCCUUGGGGAUUCUACAAACUUCUUACGGCGAUUAGGGAAAAUUAUGAUAACCCUGUAGUAUUUAUCACUGAAAAUGGUUACUCAACUUACGGUGGGCUCGAGGAUGAAGAUCGUAUCACCUACUACAGGGGUUACCUCAACGCAAUGCUGGACGCCAUGGAAGAUGGAUCUGACGUCAGAGUGUACACUGCCUGGAGUCUCAUGGAUAACUUUGAAUGGAUGCGUGGUUACACUGAACGUUUUGGACUCUACGAAGUGGACUACGAGAGCCCAGAACGCACGCGCACGCCGCGCAAGUCCGCCUUCGUGUACAAGGAGAUCGUGCGCACGCGCGCCCUCGACUUCAACUACGAGCCCAACACCACCAUCAUGACCAUCGAUGAAGGACAUUGAACUCACGCUUGUUUUUUAAGUUUAAUAAAGAAAAUCUAAAAUCA